AUGAACAAGCCAUUCAAACCAGAGUAUAGCAAUAUUCGAUGGGAGUACGAUCUGGACCAGUUCGAGAAAUGGACGAGCGGUAUGACUGGUUUUCCACUUGUUGAUGCGGCAAUGCGUCAAGCAGCAAGUACUGGAUAUAUGCACAACCGGCCGAGAAUGGUGGUGGCAUCGUUUCUGGCAAAGGAUCUAAUGAUUGAUUGGCGGAUGGGGGAGAAAUGGUUCAUGGAACAUCUGAUUGACGGAUCGUUUGCUUCAAACAACGGGGGCUGGGGGUUCAGCGCCAGCUGCGGUGUUGAUCCACAACCCUACUUUCGAAUCUUCAACCCUUUGCUCCAAAGUGAAAAGUUUGAUCCUCAAGGGGACUAUAUCCGCAAGUGGGUUCCAGAACUUCGAGACAUCAAAGACAACAAGAGCAUCCACGAUCCGUAUGGAAGAGGUGCAGGGAAGAUUGCUGAAAAGAAUGGUUAUCCCAAACCUAUGGUCAAUCACAAGGAAGCGAGAGAACGUGCAUUGGAGAGGUACAAGGCAGGGAUCGGAAGAAGCACCACGUGA